AUGGGUAAAACUGUCGAUGGAAAAGUUCUCAGACCGUAUAAUAGAUUCAUGCAAACAGAACUUCCAAAAAUCAAGGCUGAAAACCCAGCAAUGGAUCAUAAAACUGCUUUUAGAGCAGUCGCUGAACGCUGGAAAACUUCGUAUGUAACAUGUGAACAAUGA